CUCUGACUCCCCCCUGACUGGUCGGACUCAGCCACAAGGCAUUCUGGGAUUUGUGGACCAUACAGGGAACUUUCUCCUCUAACCCACCGCUCUGGGACCACAGUGAGAGGAGGACAAAGCGACACACUGGGGUCUCCACACACCUCCCCUCCCACUUCCUGUUUGUAUAUACCAGUUGCCAACAUCAUCCAAGGCCUGAUUAUAGUCACAGUCUCUUUCUUUUCUUUUGUAAUGCGUUAAAGAACAGAGUAAACCAGCGAGAGCUCGGUUAGUCACACAAAGUGCUUUUCGACGCUGGAGCCGUGACUGGAGAGAGAACUCUUUUUGUUGUGCGAUGCGGAAAAGGCCGGGUUUCGCUGAAGAAAAAUCAAGCUGUACAUUUCUGGGAACUAAAUUUUGAAAAGACUCGAGGCUUUACCGUAUAUGACAGAGAAAGACAAAUGCUAAUAAAAAUAAUGAAAUGAAAACUGUAACGGGUUUGAUUUUAGGAUCCUGCAGAUGAGUUUUCACCUUUGCUUAGUUAACGUGAUCCUCUGAUAUGAUGAGAACUUUAUUUCAUUUCUCUUGUACUCGGCUGCCUCUGACUCCAGACCUGCUUACCAACCACGCAGGGGUCUGUGUGGCUGAGGGUUCAUGUAAAAUCAUUGUACAGUCAUUUUAACUGAAGUAACACUUUGAUUAAAAAAGACAAAAUGUGCUCUUGAGUUUGCUGCAACACUUGAACAGUGCUUUCUUUUAAUCUGAGAAGAUGGUGAACGUCUCGUGUGUGUGUGUGUGUGUGUGUGUGUCCGGGAAAUAUCAGUUGUGUUGAGCAUCAUUGUGUGUUAAGUUCUUUUAAUCACAAAGGCUGGUUCACCACUGGCUGAUCAGACCUGGGUGGGUUUCUAACAUCUCGGGCCCAGUCGGGGUCUUUCCUCCUGAUCCAGAACCAUCGGCUGCUCUUUUGUAUCCUUGUGUUCUGGAGCAGGACUGAGGGAUGUUGUGAUAAAGCUCCUGGAACAUCUCCAGCCUUGUUCUGCCUCAGAUGUUCGUCUCCACACAGCCGCCUCCUCUCAUUCGCCUCAUCAGCAGCUUCCUCAGGGUUCUGUCAGUUCCUUGAAGCGGACGACCCACAGGGUGUUGGACCAGAGAACCAGGUCCGGUCUCAGGGUGGUGCUGACAGUUUGUGAUGGACUAGAAGCUGUUGGUCUUCAUCAGUGUUUCUCAGUGUUGUUGAACGUGCUCAUCAGGAAAGAGCCAAGUUUAAAGCUGCAGUUACCAGGAGGCUCAGCAGUGACACCUGGUGAUCAGAUGAUGUCAUUUAACUUUAAGUGAACUAUUCCAAACUUUAAGUGAGACGAGUUUCUCUUUCUCUUCUGGGAUUAAGAAACUAACUUUACUUCCCAGUGAGAAAGUUCUGCUGCUCGUGUUUCACCACGUGUAUCUGCUGUGAUUCAUACCCCUGGAGUUUGACUGCGGGGUUUCCCAAUGAGCUGCUUCUCUUCCCAAAGUCAACACAUGUAAAGAAGGAAAAGCCUUUUUUUAAAUAAACCUUAAUUAACAGUAAAUAACUCCCAACAUGGGUGACGACAGCUCUUCACCUCCACAUCUGCAUCUGAACGGGAGGCCGCGCUGUGAAGCUGCUGCGUAAACACUCUUAUCACCAUUACGCACGGCUCGUCCGGCACAUUACUGCAGCCUGUGGAUAUUCUGGGAUGUUGUUGAGCUUCCUCCUGCUCUUUGUUAAAGUGCAUGUGAGACGGAGGAGUUUCCUGGUUUGCCAAGUGUCGGUCUCCCUGCUCCAGGCCCGAGGAGCGGCUUCACAUGGAGGUUUCUGUGGGGAGAGGAGGGAGCCAGACAGGCGACAGUCGGCUCUGUCUUGGCCUCGGGGCAGAGGCAGGGAGCGAGCGGGCGGACCAAUGAGAAGGAGACAUCCACUCCCCUCAGUCCUGCCCGGCUCGGCUCGGCUCGGCGCACCCUGUAAUUAGGAGCUCUGGCUGGGUUGGGCGCCGCCACCGUGGACAUCCUGGCUGCUGCUGCGUCAAGGGACUUUGGGAACAGCAGCUCCAGACUGCGAGAGGAUUCAGGUCCCGAGUGAAGAAGACAGACAUGAACGGACACGCGUCCCCUGUGUUCGAGGACAAGAAGCCCUCGCUCCCCGCGGCCGGCGGCUCCAUCUCGGCCACCAAGGCGUCCCCGACCCUGCCGGAGUCCUCCUCCACAGACAUGGGCUUCUACAGCGGCGGCUCGCAGGAUUUCUACCCGGCGCAGCAGCAGCCGUACGCGGCCCAGCACAUGAACCCGUACGCGUACCACCACUACAGCCUGAGCGGGAUGGCCGCCGGCGGCGCGUACCCGGUGGGCAAAGCCGAGUACCCGUACCCGCACGCCGCGUACCGGGAGCACGGCGCGUUCAGCCGGGAGGUGACGUCCGCGAUGCACGACGCAGUGAAAGAAGAGCCAGACAUGGAGGUCCGGAUGGUCAACGGGAAGCCCAAGAAGGUGCGCAAGCCCCGGACCAUCUACUCCAGCUACCAGCUGGCCGUCCUGCAGAGGAGGUUCCAGACGGCUCAGUACCUGGCGCUGCCUGAACGGGCCGAGCUGGCGGCACAAAUGGGCCUCACGCAGACGCAGGUGAAGAUCUGGUUCCAGAACCGUCGCUCCAAGUUCAAGAAGCUCUACAAGAACGGAGAGUUUCCACUCGGGGAAAUUGCUCUUGAGCACAGCCCAGAAGCCAGCGAUUCCAUGGCCUGCAACUCCCCCCCGUCCCCCGCUGUGUGGGAGGGCGGCAGCAACACAAACAACAGCAACAACAACACAAACAGCAGCAGCAACACAAACAGCAGCAUCAAGAGUAACGCACUGCUGGAGCCGACCACCAGGGGGCAGGGUCCCUACCCGCCUCCUGUGGAUUCCUCGCCCACCUACAUGGCAGAGUUCUCACAUCAGAACUGGUACCAGCAGCAGGGGGCACAUUUAGGUCUGCUGGCGCCAACGCACCACACGCCAGCCCCGGCGCCGCCCGCCACACAGAGUAUGGGAGCCGUGUACUGACACACGGACGCUGCUGAACAGUGUGAACGGAGCCCUGGGGGGCGGGGGUGGGGGCGGGGCCCUGUUUUCUGACGUCAUCACACACGGGUCACGACUGUUAAACCCGACACGCAUGUUGUUUAACAGGCUCGUCUGCAGUAAACAGGGAUAGAGAAGAAAGUGCUGGCCUCAGGUCAGCUCCUCGUCCGAGACGCUCACCACACGUUACAUCACGUGAGUGACAGGGAGGCUCACAUUCACCUUUUAUUUUGUAUAUUUAAUAUUUUAAAUCUGACAGUAUUUAUGUCAAACACCUGCGAUGAGUCGUUCUCUUAAAUCUCUGACGCAGCAUUUUAACAGUUAAACUGUAACCGGGGAAGAGGCCGAUCAUCACGCCAACAUUCGCCUCCAUCAUCAGGGACUGAGCAACACAACUGAACAAUGUUUCCAUUCAUAGUUUUAUAAAAGUUUUAUUAUAUAACAGAUAAACAGUAAAAUGUUCAUGUUUCUAGUGGGACCACAUGGACGUCUGCUGCGUGUGUCUGAAGACGUGUGCGUGAUGACAUCACGUGUCGGCGGCUGUUUGCCGACAGGACGAUGACUCAGCGAUAAAACACAACUUGUGUGAUUGAAUGAAGUUUUAUUAAGAACUUUUGGAUGAAUGUUUACAAGAUGUGAUGUAUUUAUUAAUCUGUUAUUCAGGAUUUAAAUCCUCAGAUAUUCUAUCAUGAAACUGUCGCAGUUCACUUUUCAGCAGCUCAGUCUCAACAGUUUCCAAAAAUAACAUUAAUGAUGAUAUAUCAUAUUUCACAGGUUUGUUUGUUUUUCUUUUUGUAUUAUUUACAGUUAAAGGUCCCUGUCAGGAUUUAGUGUGUCAACACACUGUAUCCUACAACUCCCACAAUGCAACUUGGCAGCGUAGCUCACUAGACCCUCUCUCCCGAUAAGAGCCACAUGUUUAAAGUCUCUUUGUUUUAGUUACUCUUUAAAGUUCGUUCUCUGUUGAACAUGUUCCACCUCCGAACCUAAACUGAAAUAUCAGAACUAACAAAACUUCUCAGUGAUGUUGUGCGACUGUUUGUGCGACUGUUUCCAAAUAUUCUCCACGACAUGUAAUCCGAUGUUUAAAGAUGUCGCUGUGGCCCUUUACUUCCUGUUCACAGACACGAGGACCAGAAAUAACCAGGAAGAGACAAAGUGAGGACGAGUUGGUGUUUAAACGUCUAAAAAUAAGUUUUAUAUUUUGUAUUAACAUGUUGUACUCAGGUCUUUUAUUUAUAGAGUCAACUGCAAAUCAACGCAGUUCAGUUUGUGCAUUAAAAGCAUUUAUGUUUCAGAAAUUGAGUCAAAAAAUAAAAUGUCUUUAGUUGA